UAGGUGCCGGGGGCGGGAAGAGGAGGAGCCACGUGGGGAGGAGCAAAACCCGGAGGCCCCGGGAACCUUCGCCAGAGCCAGAACGGCGGGAGCCGGAGCCCGGGCGCACUGCCCUGGGAGAGUACGCCGUCCGGGCCGAGCACAGCCGCAGCCGCAGCCGCUCGAGCCCGCGCUAGCGCUUGCCUUUGGUGCGCAGGUGGGGAGGAGGGCCAGGGGUGACGGAGGCGAGGGUUCCGGGCUCCUAUCCUGUCCUAGAGCUGCCAGGCUGCUUGCCCUGCCCUUGCCGUCCCAGCGGGGCCCGACCCGACCCGCCCCCUGCGUCCCGGUUGCACCAUGGAUCCUUCGGAGAAGAAGAUAUCGGUGUGGAUCUGCCAGGAGGAGAAGCUGGUGUCGGGCCUCUCCCGCCGCACCACUUGCUCGGACGUGGUGCGGGUGCUGUUGGAGGACGGCUGCCGGCGGCGACGGAGGCAGCGGCGAGGCCGGCGGCGGGGAGCGGCCGGCGACCCGCCAGCUCCGGGGGAGAUGCCGGAACCACCGGACGAGGACGACGAGGACGACGACGAGGCGCUGCCACAGGGCAUGCUGUGCGGGCCUCCGCAGUGCUAUUGCAUCGUGGAGAAGUGGCGGGGCUUUGAGCGCAUCUUGCCCAACAAGACGCGCAUCUUGCGCCUCUGGGCCGCCUGGGGCGACGAGCGAGAGAAUGUGCGCUUCGUGCUGGUGCGCAGCGAGGCGUCGCUGCCCAACGCGGGCCCCCGCAGCGCCGAGGCGCGCGUCGUGCUCAGUCGCGAGCGCCCCUGCUCGGCUCGGGGGGUCCCGGCGCGGCCCGGCUUAGCCAUGACCCAGGAGAAGCAGCGGCGGGUGGUGCGCAAGGCCUUCCGCAAGUUGGCCAAGCUCAACCGGCGGCGCCAGCAGCAGCCGUCGUCGCCCUGUUCGUCCUCGUCGUCCACAGCUUCAUCUUGCUCGUCGCCGCCGCGGGCCUCCGAGAGCGCGUCGGUGGAGCGCAUGGAGACGCUGGUGCAUUUGGUGCUCUCCCAGGACCACACCAUCCGUCAGCAGGUGCAGCGGCUCCGGGAGCUGGACCGCGAGAUCGAUCGCUACGAGGCCAAGGUGCACCUGGACCGCAUGCGGCGGCACGGAGUCAACUACGUGCAGGACACGUACUUGGUGGGCGCAGACAACGAGCUCGACGGGCCCAGCCCGGAAGAGGAGCCGGAGGCGGUGGCGGCGGCGGCGCCCCUGGAUGGCGAGGCUCAGGCGGCCGCGCUGGAGGAGCUGGCCCGGCGCUGCGACGACCUGCUGCGGCUGCAGGAGCAGCGGGCCCAGCAGGAGGAGUUGCUCGAGCGCCUCUCAGCCGAGAUUCAGGAGGAGCUGAACCAGAGAUGGAUGCGGCGGCGUCAGGAGGAGCUCGCAGCGCGAGAGGAGCCCCCCGAGCCGGACGGCAGCCUCGACGGCGAGCUGCUGCUGGAGCAGGAGCGGGUCAGGACUCAGCUCAGCACCAGCCUCUAUAUCGGGCUCCGGCUCAACACGGACCUGGAGGCCGUCAAGUCGGACUUGGAUUACAGCCAGCAGCAGUGGGACAGCAAGGAGCGCGAACUGCAGGGUCUUCUCCAGACUUUGCACACGUUGGAGCUGACGGUGGCGCCCAGUGGGACUCCCGGCUCGGGCGGACCCUCGCGGGAACCCCGGCCUCAGGCCUGCGCGGAGGUGUGGGUGGACCAGGCCCGCGGACUGGCCAAGAGCUGUCCUGGCAACGACGAGGACUCGGAUACCGGGCUGAGCUCGAUGCACAGCCAGGACUCGGACUCGGUGCCGGUGUGCGAAUCCCUUGUGUAGGAGGAGCAGGGUGGGAGAGCGAGACGGCCGCCUCCCUUCCUUGUAGAAAGCACCAGUCCCUCCGGCUCAGGGACUUGAAACCAGGCUGGGGGUGGGCCCGGAGCUCCUGCCGGGCACAGCGCUCCGCCUGGGCGGGGGAAGGGGUCGGGACGCCUGCCCCGCAGCCGUGCUCCUCUGGCUCCGGAGUGAGUGCGGAGGAGGACGCGGGAGGAGAAAGCCGGGUCUCCAAAACAAGCUCUUUUAGGGGAAGGAAGGAGGGAGGAAGUGAGAACCCCCUAUGGUAGAAAACAAACGCCCCAGGAAAAUUGACGUGGUCCGAGCCCAUUUUCAAGAAAGGAAAAAAGAAAGUAUUAUGGAGAUUUCACCACUCUUCUGUAUGGGAAGGACUGAUGGCAGCUAGAACUUUAGUUUGUGGCAUAAAGUGCUUUUAAAAGAAACACUUGGAUGAAAAGGAAAUUCCUUGAAUGUUAAUUGUGGCUGUGAACGUGUUAAAACUAGCCAAAGAGGACGCACUGGUGUUGGUCUCAGCCUUACUUACAUCUUUGAUAAAAACCCAUAGGCACCAAAAUCCCGGCUGUUUACAUUACAUUUCUGCAGAUUGGGGAAUUAUCCAUCUGCUGAGCUGUUUGCCUUUUAUUUUCUUUCAAAGGCUGAACUGUAUGGAAGCAUAACCCUGUAUUUCCUCCUAGCAAAUACAGUAUACAUUAAAAUGGGAUCCUUUUUCCAAAAUAACCUUUAAUUAUUACAAAAGCCAAACAUAACCCUUUUGAGAUAUGGAAUCCUGGCAGACAUAAUCCCAGGUUAAAAUUUAAUCUAGGCCCCUGGGGAUUUGCUCCUGCAAAGGUAUGUGUGUUUUUCUUUCAUUCAUAUUGCCACUCCAUCCACUCAAUCACUGUUCCUUCAGAAAAAAGAAAAGGGACGUUGCAGAAUUCAAGUUAAGUACAACUAAAUUUGCUGUUUAAUCAGCACCCUGGUUGAAACUAAGACUUGAAAGCAAAGAUCUUUGCUAGUGUGCGGCUUUUGAUCUGAGCUAUAAGAUUAAAACUAGUCAUGACCUCAAUAGAUUUUACCCAAACCCAAAUCUACCUUCACUAUCUUUGGUCAGAGAUUAAUUAGUUACUUGUCCAGACCUAAACUGAGAUAGGGUAAAUAUUAAGGUUUACUAGAUAAGGCCUGAAAAGAAAAAAACAAUCCGACAAUCUAAUAUACACCUUGGGUGAACAAUUUGAUUAACAACGGCACUUAGCCAUAGAUAAAAACAUGUGCAAGUGAGCUAAUGACUUGGCUUGAAUGACUCUUGUCUAGCUCACACCUUUGCACACGCCAGGAGAUGCAAGUGCAACACCUCUCCCUCAAUAGCUGGUGAUGGAGCCCCCAUGUAAUUUUUCCAGUUGUUUCCAUGAAAACUUAUCAGUUGGAGCUGGUUGUUGCGUCUGUGGAAGGAGCUUGCUGGCCGUGUUCCCUCUGGAGCUUAGUACUUCUGAGGAAUGUGGGAUCUAAUCUGUCCUGAGGAGGGAUUAACAAUGGGCUGUGUGUGUGGUGCCAGCCUGGUGCAGAAGCCGGGUAUCAACCUCCCCGUACAGGGGCUGGCUCCAGUUUCAACACUACACGUGAAGAUAACUUAAGAGGUCUUGCUAUAUAGAGAAGUUUCUUCCCUUGGAGAGAUUCUCUGUCUAUCCAAUGGGAGCCUGCCCUCCUGCCCUCCUCAAGUCAUGUGGACUGUCUCCUUUUUAGAGAUAGUCCCCUCCAUCCCACCUCCUCCCUGCUAUUACAACACUAGUGGAUAUUUUCAAAUUUUCAAGUAAAAUGAGAAUUAAAAGGCUGUUUUCUUAAUUGAUGUUUUCAGAAGACGUUAGCUGGCAUAAUUAUGGUUUUUUACUUUCAUCUGAUGCAGAAAACAUCUAUGCAUUUGGUCUUGAGCAUGAUUAAAAUGAGGAAGGGACCGAAAGAAACCCACUGUCCCCAAUCAUUGCAUCCCAU